AUGGAAGAAGCAACCUCGAAUCCUCGUCACAUUAGGAAGAGAAUCUGGAAUCUGAAAGUGCUACCCAGGGUGAAAGUAUUUGCUUGGAGAGCAUGUCAGGAUGCUCUGCCUACCCGUGGUGCUCUAAGUCACAGGCUGAGAGAGUUUGAUGCAUCGUGUGGACUGUGUAAUUGCUCUGAAGAAUCAGUCAUUCACGUAUUGAAAGAGUGUGCUUUAGCACGAGAAGUCUGGGGUAUGAGCUUAUAUGGGUAUGUUUUCUCACAGAGGUUUAGAUGUUUGGUGGAUUGGUGGGAAUGGUGUAUUACCGAGCUGGAUGAAGAGGACCUUGCGAAUGUAAACACUGAUGCUGGGGUUGUGAGUGGUCUUGGUUGCGGUCUAGGGGCUGCAAUGAGAGACUGGGAUGGUAAGCUGUUGGGCUGCUCGGUGGUGCAAUGCAGGGAGGUGUGGGAUGUGAAAGUGGUUGAAGCAAAAACGGUUUGGUGGGGCUUGAAGCUGGCUGCAGUUGCGGGAAAGAGAAAGGUAGUCGUUGAAAGUGACUGCCUUGUUAUUCAAGCUCUACGGGGUUCUUCUCAGGGAACUAGUUCCUUUAAUCUUAUUUUAGAUGAUAUUUUCAGCUUUUGUUCUUCUUUUGAUAGCAUAGUUUGGUCAUUUGUUAACCGUAGUGUUUAUAAUUUCCCUCGCACUCGCAGACGCUUCCCCAAAACUUUCACUGAAACAGACAACCUCACUACCUUUUCUCGCCGGGAAAUCGCUGGCGACCACCCACCCACGCCCAGCUGGAUUAGAGACGAGUACAGCUGGAGCUGCAAUUUUUCUAUUUCAGAUUCAACGCAGAAAACAGAGACAGAAAACCCAGUUGCUGUUAAUAACGGUAAUAAUGGUAUUGUAAAGAACAAGAAGAAGAACAAAGAGGUUGCUCCCUUUGGAAAUUACAGGAAUUACUAUGGUUAUCGUGUUGGGCAUGACGUUGAGGAGGAUCCACGGUUCAAAGUACUGAAGAAGGAGUGGUUUGAAGGCAAAGAUUGUCUUGACAUUGGUUGCAACAGUGGAUUGAUAACUAUUAAUAUUGCAAAGAAGUUUGACUGUAGGACUAUCCUUGGCAUUGACAUUGAUAAUAAUCGAAUCAAAGAUGCUUGGUGGCGCCUUCGGAAUAUGGUAAGAGAAGAGAAAACUGGAAAUGGAUGCGUUGGGUCCUCCAAGACAAGGGUUAAGGGUGUGAAUGAAUUGGAAUGUGCUGAAACUUGUUCCACAAGUGCAAAGGAUGAUGAGACUGAUACUUUCUCGGUGGACAGAAAUCUUCUUGACAUUGUAUCUUUUCGAUGUGAAAAUUUUGUCCUUAGUUGGGUCUCACUUCCCCUUGAAAACUAUGAUACCAUUCUGUGUUUGAGUGUGACAAAAUGGGUUCAUUUGAACUGGGGUGAUGAAGGAUUAAUAUCGUUAUUUGCAAAGUUUUGGAGACUCCUCCAUCCGGGUGGUAUUCUUGUCUUGGAGCCUCAGCCAUGGGAGUCAUAUUACAAGAAUCGUCUUACAACUGAGAUUACGCAGAUGAAUUACAAUAAUAUAGUAUAUAAACCCGAUUUCUUCCAGGAGAUGCUUCUUGAUAAGAUUGGAUUCAGAACUGUUGAACAAGCAACGACGAGUGUAUCAGGUGCAACAUUGGGUUUUGAUAGACCUGUUUUAGUUUUCCGUAAAUAAGUAGUGAAGGCAAAUAUAUUUUUGCAAAAUUUUGAGGUUUAUGUGUUUCAUAUCAAUGUAUCAAAAACGGUAGUUGCUAUAAAUCUAAAAUUUUAUUCUUUUGACCAAGUUACUGGUGCUGCUUGAGGUACUUGGUAUUUUUGCCACUGAUAAAUACUAGUAUUACCUUAUACAGUUA